AUGGUCUCUAAACCCAUCAUCGUGGUCACGGGCGCGAACAACGGAAUCGGCUUUGGGGUCUGCCGUCGACUGCUAUGCUCCCUAGCACAGUCUGCACCUGAAGAUGCUAGACCAAUAUUCCCGCGAACAGGCGAGGCCGACGCCGGUAUCUCGUUCCCGUGCGAGGGAGUGACGCUCGUCAUGGCCUGUCGCAGCCAACAGCGCGCCGAGGACGCCCGCACGGAGCUGCUCAGGCUAUUUGAAGAAGAUGUGCGGGAGAGCACAGACCCGAAUGUGGCCACGUUCAGGAAAAAUAUGGAGAUCGUCAUCCAUAAACUCGACCUCGCGAGCGUGAGUAGUACGCUCGACCUCUGCGACGAUCUCAGGCAAACAUAUCCUUACAUCUCACAUCUUAUAUGUAACGCUGGCGUGGCUCCCUUCGAGCGCAUACAUUGGCCGUCUCUGGUCAAGCAGAUCCUCACCGACAUCCUCGGCGCGCUCACCUACCCUCGUUACAACAUUCAACACCAUGGCCAGCUAAGCGACGAUGGUCUGGGUUGGGUGUGGCAGUGUAACGUCUUUGGGCACUAUAUCCUCGCAAGGACACUGGAACCUAUGCUGGCCGCGUCUGCGAGCGAAGGCGGCGGCCCGGGCAGGGUCCUCUGGAUGUCCAGUCUCGAAGCUUUCCCAGAGUUCUUCGACGCGGACGACUGGCAACUAGUCAAGACGCACCAACCGUAUCAGGGCUCAAAGUACCAAAACGACUUGGUCGGCGCCGAGUUGAACCGUCGCGCUCUUCUCGCGCACACACCAGUCCGCCACUUACUCGUGCACCCCGGCGUCGUACACACAAACAUCGACAUUCUGCUUAUAAGCGCUUUUUUGCACCAUGUGAAACACUUCGCAUUCUACGUCGCGCGUUGGAUGGGGAGUCCACAUCAUAAUAUCUCGCCAUGGAACGGUGCCAUCUCGGCAGUGCAUGCUACACUGGCCUCUUUGGCCUUCCUCCCCGCCUUCGUCCGUAUCUCGUCAACGUCAACCUCCUCUUUCACUUCGUCACCUUCACCUAUCCCGGACGCCGAGGCGAUGGAAUCCCUGCGUUGCCCGGAAGACAUAGCGCCGGCAAAACUACACUCGACAACACGGUUCUGGAAGAACAGUGUCGAGGCAGACGGUAUACGGGAAUGGAAGGAGCACAGCGAGGCGAGCAUUGUGCUCACGGACCGUUGCGAGACGCUGUAUCAGACAUUCCUCGCUGCGGAGGGGCGGAAUGGGAAGGUGUCGACACCCAAGGGUCACGAAAAUGGGAAUGGGCGUGCAUGA